AUGUCGACUACUAAGAAAAGACAAGCGGAGGAUACUCCUGCUCAGCCUAAGCCGAAGAAGAGCAAGAAGAGAAAGGCGAACGCUCCAGACGAUGAACUCCUCGAUACUGAGCUUGGCCUCAACACGCUCUUCAACAAGAUGGACAACCAGCUCUUGGCUGAUCAUCUGGCCCAGAAAUUGGGACGUUUCGGCACCGAAUUGAGUGCUGUUGAGAUUUCCGAUAUGACUGUACCAGCCAACGCCAUUCAAGACACCACUUCAUGGCAGGAGUCAAGAACCCUGGACAAGUUUCCCGAAUUCUUGGAAAGCAUCACAGAGGACCCUGAGCUGUUGAAGAAGUCGGCCAAGAAGAAGGGCGCCCCUCAUACCCUCAUUGUUGCAGGCGCGGGUUUGAGAGCUGCGGAUGUUGUCAGGUCGAUGCGAAAAUUUCAAAGCAAGGAUAAUUCAAUUGCGAAGCUGUUUGCCAAGCACAUGAAGGUGGAAGAGCAGGUCAAAUUCCUCGAGAAGCACAGGACUGGAAUCUGCGUCGGCACACCUGCCCGACUUAUGGAUCUCAUCGACAAUGGCGCACUCUCCCUUGAACACCUGAAGCGUUUAGUCGUUGAUGCCUCCCAUAUCGACCAAAAGAAGCGCGGCGUCCUGGACAUGAAGGACACGAUGAUGCCUCUUGCCCGUUUCUUGUCGAGGCCCGAUUUGAAGGAGAGAUAUGGCGACGAAAAGAAGCCGCUGGCUUUGUUGUUCUAUUAG